AUGGCCGACAACCAAACAGGAGGAGAUCGAGCUGGUGAAGGGCGUAAGAAGCGUGAUAUGGGAAGGUCAGAAUGGAGCCGCCAAAAAAUAGACAAGCGAGCGCGAUCUGACCAGCAGGCCGAAACUAAGCGCCGCAAGCUGGAGAAUGGCGAGGAGGUAGCCGUCCCGAUCUAUGCUACCGAAUUCUCCAAGGAGGAAAUUGAGCAGGAGGAGCGUCGCCCGAAGAAGAAGGUCGCCUUGUUGAUGGGGUACUCUGGGACAGGCUACUAUGGCAUGCAAUUAACCAACGACAAGAAAACCAUUGAAGGCGAGCUUUUUACAGCCUUGGUUGCCGCCGGCGCAGUUUCGAAAGCCAAUGCCACGGACCCAAAAAAGUCAUCUUUCGCUCGUUGCGCGCGCACAGACAAGGGCGUACACGCUGCCGGAAAUGUUGUUUCGCUCAAGAUGAUUAUCGAGGAUCCCGAUAUCGUUCAAAAGAUCAACGAGAAACUCAGUCCGCAAAUUCGGGUGUGGGGAAUCGAGCAAACGGCCAAGAGCUUCAACUGCUACCAACUUUGCGACUCAAGAGUUUAUGAUACGUUCCUAGGAACAAAAAUCGUCGAACUUGCCAAGAAGGCGGGUGAUUUGGAAGAGGUCGCAGCCAGACAGGAGGAAGUUUCGACCUACUGGGAUGAAGUUGAUGAAAAAUAUAUCAAACCGAUUCUCGAGACAGUCCCUGACGAUAUUCGCAACAUUGUUCAAAAGUCCUUAUUCUUUCAGGAGGAAGAAAAUGCCUCGGACGCAAACGACAAUGCUAUUCCACAGCCCCAACCUGAAACCGAGUCUGCUCAAGAAGAGACCAAGAAACCCUUCAAAUUGGAUCCUCGCCAACAACUGAUCCACGACACUAUAAAGGCAGUUAAGGCAGCUUACCUGACGGCCCGCAGAGCUUAUCGUAUUCCUUCGUCUCGCGUCGCUCGUUUGCAGGAAAGCCUCAGCAGGUACGAGGGCACGCGGAACUUCCACAAUUACACCAUCCAAAAAACCUACAAAGAUCCAUCAGCGAGCCGAUUCAUCAGGUCCUUCAAGGUGAACCCAACGCCUGUGGUCAUCAAUGGUACCGAAUGGCUCAGCUUAAAGGUCCACGGUCAGAGUUUCAUGAUGCACCAAAUUCGCAAAAUGGUUGCCAUGGCCGCCCUUGUUGUCCGCUGUGGCUGUCACCCGGAUCGAAUCAACGACACAUACGGACCAGACCGAGUAGCUAUCCCCAAGGCUCCAGGGCUCGGGCUCUUACUCGAACGUCCUAUCUUCGACAGCUACAGUAGCAAGGCUAAGACUUUGGGUCGUGAGCCCAUCAAUUUCGACAAGUUUGAAAAGGAAAUGGAUGAGUUCAAACAGCGGGAGAUUUACGAUCGAAUCUUCCGCGAGGAGGCAGAGAGUGCAGCGUUCGGCUCUUUCUUCAAUCACAUCGAUCAUUUCACGAUGAACCACUUCCUCUAUGUUACCUCCGGUGGCAUUGCAGCCUCUACUCAACUCGCCUCGGCGGCUGAUGGAAAACCAGGUAAUUCGAAGGCGCUGACGAGUGAGAAAUCCGGAAAUAACGGGAGCCAGGCUCUCGCAGCUGUCGAAUCUGAGUCAGAAGACGAGGGCGAUUUACCAAAUCGCGAAGAUAGUUGA